GUUCGCCAGAAACAGGAAGGAGCUGCUCCGAGGACUUGUGGUUCUGAAAAGUCAUUGGAAAGUGAGUGCAGGUGUCUUAACUCCAAGGUAGGGCUGAAUUGAAGAGUCGAAACUGUUUUUCCAGCCCAGUGAAAGGAACAACCGGAGAAAUCGAAAAGGGACCAAAGACAAACUAGAGCUGCGCGAAACGGCUACUUAUAAUACCAGGAAAGGAGGGAGCUGACCACGGCCUCUGGUGCUGAAGGGUCGGGCCGCGGAGGAAGAAUGUUUGAAGACAACUGAAACAGUCAAAAGUCCUUAGCUGACUUCUGCUCCAAGAACGGAGUGAGUGGGACGCGAUCAAGAGUUUCCUACGGGUAAAGAGAUGGCCAAACUCUACCCCAAGUCCAAAGAGAUGGCCGAACUCAUAUCUCCUCAAUCCUGGAUCAAUGAAGCAUUGAGUACCCAAAAUGAAACCAAGGACAAAGACAGCCGGCAAGUGGCCUAUGAGAUGCUUUCUGGCAUUAAUGAUGAGAAUGACAGUGUUGAGGAAGAAGAGGAAGAAGAUAACGGGAAACCCAAGAGAAGGGGGCCAAAGAAGAAGAAAAUGACCAAAGCAAGGCUGGAGCGAUUCAGGGCCCGCCGAGUGAAAGCUAAUGCUCGGGAACGAACACGGAUGCAUGGACUUAAUGAUGCUCUUGAUAACUUGAGGCGGGUGAUGCCCUGCUAUUCUAAAACACAGAAGCUGUCCAAAAUUGAGACGCUGAGGCUAGCCAGGAACUAUAUUUGGGCUUUGUCAGAGGUUCUGGAAAGUGGGCAGACUUUAGAAGGCAAAGGUUUUGUGGAUAUGCUAUGCAAAGGUUUGUCCCAACCAACCAGCAAUCUAGUUGCUGGUUGUCUCCAGGUAGGACCACAAUCCCUGUUCCUGGAGAAACAUGAGGAGAAAAUCCCUGUUUCUGAUUCAACUGUGUCCAGUCAUGGUUUUUCUUACCAGUCUCCAGGAUUGCCCAGUCCGCCCUAUGGAAGCAUGGAGACACACCAUGUACAUUUAAAGCCUCCCUCUUUCAAAACUUUGGUGGAUACUUCCUUUGGCAAUCAUCACCAAGACUGUACAUCUCCAGCAUAUGAAGGUCCCUUGACACCUCCUCUGAGCAUCAGUGGAAAUUUUUCCUUAAAGCAAGAUGGGUCUCCAGACCUAGAAAAAUCAUACAGUUUUAUGGCCCAUUAUCCAUCUGUUAGCCUGAGCAAUGCUCACAGUCACACCUCCCAUUUUUCAACCACAGUGCCCAAAUAUGACCUCCCAUUAGAUGUGACCUAUGAUUCUUAUUCUCACCAUGUGGUUGGAGCACAGCUCAGUGCAAUAUUUGGUGAAUAAGUCAGGAAGAUAACAGGCAAAUGGUUUUUAAAUGGACUUUUAAACAUUUUUUAAAAAAAAUAUUGGUAGCAUCUUAUACCAAAUGUUGGUACAUAAAAAGAAGGAAUUUUACUUAUUCAGAUAUUCCCCUCUGAUUUCAUGGGAAACCCUUGGGGGAAAGGAAGCAAAGCAUGUCUACACCACUGUGAACUUAGACAUAUUUUAGUAGCUCUAAUUUAUGGGCUUUUAAAUCUAUCAUCUCAAUUGUUGAGUCCGUGGCGGGAAAACAGACACGAGAAGCAGCUGGAGUUCUCAGUUUCAUUUAUUCAGCGUUCAGCUUACAGGAAGAUGGCUUCA